UGAUUAUCAUGUGCUGAGAAAUAGUUUUUUCGCAUUUUCUGACCGACGUAUUAUUUUGAGUUGUGACUCUUUUACGGUAUGCAAUCUGUCUUUCUGGCUUAUUUAGUCCAAAUAACAAACCGAAUUUCACUGGAAUCGAAUAACAUUUACCAUAUAAGCCAGACCUCUCCACUAAUUCGUGACAUUGAUUCAGUUGCUAAAUUCAUUGGUGCUGGUGCUGUAACAGUCGGUGUCGCCGACUCCGGUGCUGGUAUGGGCACAGUGUUCGAUUCCCUCAUCAUCGGUUAUGCCAGAAAUCCAUCGUUGAAACAACAAACCACAAGAGCGACGACUAUGUCACGGUUGUUAAUUAAUGCGAUUUAGCAUGUCCAUAAAAAUUCAUUUGCUUCAUUUGCAUUUGGACUUCUUCCCACAUAAUUUGGGCCAGUUCAGUGAUGAACAAGGCGAACACUUUCACCAAGAAAUAGCUACAAUCCGAUUUCUUUUUUCAUUCCGAUCGUUUAUGAUCAGAAAAAUGCUGGUCAGUUCAACGAGAAACUGAUGAUUUUGAGUUAGAAAAAAACGGGAAAGAAAACAUUUUUGAGUAGUAUAGUUAAAAAUAAUAUUUUUGCAAAAAUUUUGUUUUCAUAAAAGUUUUAAUAAUUCAGUAAACUUUCAUCCGAUUUUUGAAAAUAAACACUAGUUUUUUUUUGUUAUUAAAUUUGGUUUUACAAUCUAUUUGGG